UAGUUGACGCACUGUCUAUCUAGACACCAGAAUGCAGAUUUUAGCGUGCAUAUUAAUUAAUUAAAGUUCAGUUUCUUAAUUUUACAUUAAUUAAUAAAUGUGCAUUCUGAUGUCUGGAUAAGCGUUGCAGGGCUGGUAUAUCUUCAUUGAACUCGUUUUCUCAUACUUGCGGCACAGAACUUACUAGAUGUUUACAAUGGAGAACAUUGGUUGUUUUUCCAUGCUAUUUACAUCUCUUGUAGUUGGCAUAUCGUCUUUCAUGGUCAGUUUCUUAAUAAAAUACUGGUGGAGGCCAUGGACAAUCUACAGAGCUCUCAAAAAACGAGGAUUCAAAGGUCCUGCACCUCGUUUUUUGGUAGGUAAUCUUCUUGACAUAGCCAACAUCAUGGAGAAGGAGCAUGCCAAGGAUUUGCCUGCCAUUCAUCAUGACAUCAGGAACAGGGUUUUCCCCUUCUUUGUCAAAUGGGCACAACAAUAUGGAGAAAGGUUUGUGAUUUGGUUUGGUCAUGAGCCUAGAAUAGUUCUGACAGAUCCAGGAGAGAUCAAGGAACUGCUAUCUUCCAAAAACUUGAGUAAUUCAGGGGUAUCUCCUUUACAACAGGAAUUUUUUUCAGUAGCAUUUGGAAAAAGCUUGGUUGCAGUUAAUGGGGAAAGGUGGGCUCAACAGCGCAGAGUUGUUGCCCCUGCAUUUCAUAUAGAAAAACUUAAGGCAGUAAUUGGGAUCUCAGCAAGAUGCACCAAAGAAAUGUUGGAUGAAUGGAGAUUUAUUGAAGACAAAGCUUGUGAAAUAGAGCUAACAGCUCCGAUGAAGAAUCUUACAGCAAAUAUUAUGAUCGAGAGUCAAUAUGGAUUGGAUUCCAAAAGAGGAAAAGACAUAUUUGAAAAUAUGAACUCUUUGGAAGGUUUGAUCCUUGAAUCAUUUCGAUACUUAUGGAUUCCUUGUGGCAGAUUCCUUCCAACAGCUACAAAUCGGGAAAUUUGGAAAUGGAACAGGAGGAUGGAACAGAACGUUAAAUUCAUGAUUCAGGAACGACUAAACAGGGGGUCAUAUGGAAAUGACCUUCUUGGUUUGAUGCUAUCAGAAAUAAAUCAAUUCUCAGCAGAUGGGGAAAACAUUAGCUAUACAAUGCAGCAGCUAAUGGACGAGAGCAAAACGUUCUUUUUAGCUGGGAAGGAGAACACAAGUAAUCUGAUUUGUUGGGCACUACUAUUAUUAGCACUCAAUCCCCAUUGGCAAGACAAAGCUCGGCAAGAAGCCAAAGACAUUUGUGGAACCCAAGAUCCCACUACAGACUCUGUAAAAGACCUCAAAGUUAUUGGAAUGAUAUUGAAGGAGACACUUCGUUUGUACUCUCCAGCACCAGGAAUAAUUAAGCAGACAUUCACAGACUUGAAGUUAGGAGAAGAUGGCUUGGUGAUUCCCAAGGGUGUCAGUGUGAUUGUUGACAUAUUGACAGUCCACAGGGAUCCAAAAUUAUGGGGUGCUGAUGCAAAUGAAUUCAAUCCAAGCCGUUUUGCAGAAGGAAUAAGUAAAGCAGGUAAUCAUCCCUCUGCUUUCAUUCCAUUUUCUAGUGGGCCUCGAUCGUGUAUUGGACAGAACUUUGUAGUAUUGCAGGCCAAGGUUAUAAUGGCCAUGGUUUUGAAAGACUUGAAAUUCAGCAUUUCCCCACAUUAUAGGCAUGCCCCUGUUGCUUUUCUUAGUCUUAGUCCUCAAUAUGGAAUGCCAAUUAUGGUAGAAAGAGUCCUCUCUUGAUCAUGUGAUACUUUGAGAUCCACUAUGGUGGGGCAUUUGGCCUAUGUGAGGCUCUGAGUUUUGAACUCAAACGUUGAAUGAAAAAGAACCCCUUUAAAGGAAAUUGAAAUUUAUUUGUUACAUGGAGGAAAAUUUUGUUGUGUGGUAUUACUGAUAUGGAGUUAUGGUUUGCCGUUUGAAAUGGAGCUGCUGUUUAGAAUGAAGAUCCUAUUAAUGAAACCAUGAAGGUCAUUGAGCAACUCUCGAGAUUUGCGGUAUGUCUCCACUGCAUGCAGUUGUGACAAAAGAUGUAGCAACAAAUUGGUAUGUUGUGCCUUGUGAACUAUUUUCCGUUGGAAGGAACUAGACUUGCUUUGACAAUUUGGAUGAGAGAGAACUCUUGUUGUUUUAUUUGUUUGACUCUAGUAUCAAUGACUAGAUCCAAUCUGUAGGAUGUUGUAUU